GUGAAAAUCACAGCAAACAAGCACCCUCCUCCUCACCCCCCAGGUCCCACUACACUGACACUACACACACCAGCUCCAGUGUCAAUAAAACCACCUCCCAAAACAAAAGCAGAGGAAGGCAAGUGUUUAGCAUGAACCUCUACUGAUUCUGCUGGUGGGUUUAGCAUUAGCAGCCCACCCGGUGAGGCUCCUGAACCAUUAGACAGGCCCCCUCAGGAUAUCCUCCAAAAAGCACUGUCCUUCUGACCCCGUUCACCGAAGAGGCAAGCUUCCUUUUGGCCCGGAGGCAUGAAGAAAAGGCUCUUCCAGAUUUUAGGCUUCGUGAUAUCCACCCUGGGCUGGCUCUUCGUGUCCUGCACCAUGGCCAUGGACUACUGGAGGGUCUCCCAGAUCGGAGGCCUGGGAGGGUCCAACAUCAUCAAAGUGGCCUGGUACUGGUCCAACCUGUGGAAGGACUGCUUCAUCGACUCCACCGCAGUGGUCAACUGCAGGGACUUCGCUGUGCUGUGGUCUGUGACACCCUACAUCCAGGGAGUCCGAGGCUUACUGAUGACUGGGCUGGGUCUGGGGUUCGUGGGCGCCAUACUGGCCUUUGUGGGGAUGGAGUGCACCUACAUCGGGGGGACUGAUAAGACCAACGACAAGGUCCUCUUCUCGGGCGCUAUUUUCCACAUCGUCGGAGGCAUUUCUGACAUCUCUGGAUACUGCUUAUACAUAAACAGGAUCGCAAGAACGGCCUUCAACCCAAAGCUCGACCCCACAAGCUUAAGGUAUGACAUAGGCACUCCUCUCUUCCUGGGGUUGGUGGGAAGCUUCCUCAUCCUGGUUGGCGCCGUUUUUUAUUUGGUCACUGUGUUCAGAAUCCUCUUCCCAGAACCCAAAGUGGUGUACACGAACGCCUCGAAGUCAUACGUCACCCCGCGAACCAGAAGCAGGACGCUGUACACCGGAUACUACCGGCCCUCGCGCCAAUCACAGCGAUCAACCUUAUCUUCCGAGACCAAGAGUUCCGAUCUCUCCAACAUUUCUCAGAUCACGGACGAGAAAAUAUCGGACAGAGACGCCUUUGUGUGAAUAAACGAUGUCAUUUUUUUCAUUUUUUUUUUUUUUUUUUUUUUAAGAAAAUGGCUACGAUUAAUUAAUUUAUAUAGUUAUGCAAUCUCAGCAACACUUUGGCUAGGCGGAUACAAGGCAUGGAAUAACCUUUCAAAGACUCCCUUCGGAUUGCAGCGAGAUGAUAAAAUAAUUAUUGACAUACUUUAAGACUAAUUCUGAAAUAUUAAAACUGUAAAUGUAAAUGAACGUAAUUGUUGCGCAUUUUAUUUGUUUUUGUAGUUUUUUAUCGACACUUGUGAGUAAAUGCAGAUUUGUGAAGGCAUUGUUUAUCGCUUUGGUGACAUUUUCCUGUGUGCUAUCAAAAGGGACUGCAAUAAAUGAGUAUUUUGUUUGGAAAAUAAAGCAACCCUAUCAACUG